AGAAAACAUCAGAGUAAUUACAAAUCAUAAUACCCGAAGAUACAUAAAAUACACACAAUAUUCAAAUUCAAUUUUAACCAAUCAAAUGAGUCCAUUUCUUUGCUCCGUGAAGGUAAUGGGUCACAGGAAGCACAUGUAAACAAAGAAAGUAAGCCAUAAUUUCCUCUACGAGGUUUGCAGUUGGCGGCAGCUCACUGAAAACUCGGUUGAAAUGUCCACAAAAGAUGAGAUAGAGGAAGAAGAAGGUUAUGAUGAGGAUGAGGAUGCAGAAAUGGCAACAGAAGGAGGACACCUCACAGCUACAGCAGCAGAUUCCAUCUCCAAACCAGUGAUCUCAGGACGAAAUGUCACCUUACAAAUGUUAAUUACAGACAACAUUAUGGAGCCUGGAAAUGCUGUGCUAACACUAAAAUAUCUGGGCCGCAAGUUCAUCGCAGACCUUCUGUCUAAUGGAAAGAUCCAAACUCCUGCCACCAAGGAAGUGUUUGCUACCCCCAGUGCCUGGGCGCAGCACUGUAAACGUCAAAUCAACCCAGAGAAAAAGUCGGGAUGUGGCUGGGCUUCUGUGAUGUACAGGGGACGUAAACUGGACUCGUGGAAGACGUCUUGGUUCAGGAAGUAUCACCCUCACAGUCCAGCACGCAGCCGUGAAACACCGUCUCCUCGGAGUAUAUGUAGUGAUUCUUUGAAUGGGGAACAAUCUGACUACAGAGCACGACCCCCAUCUGAACUGGGGUCACGACCUCACUCCGAUCUGGGGUCUCGGCCUCACUCUAAUCUGGGGUCACGACCUCCGUCUGAAUUGGGGUCACAACCUCAUUGGGAUAUGGGGUCACGGCCUUACUUUGAGCUUGGAUCGCAACCUUCCUCUGAGCUGGGGUCACAACAUCAGUCUGAGCUGGAUCCCAGACUUCAACCUGAUCUUGAGCUGGGGACACAUCAGCUUGAAGAAGGCUUGGAAAGGGUGACCAGUCCAUCGGGGGAAGCAGCACCCCUCGACCUUACUGCACGCCCUGCCCACACUAGCACACCUCUCUUCAAUGGAGGAAGCCAAGCACACAGGUUGUCUGCAGAGAAAAGUAACGGGGAUUCUCACCAAGAAGAAGCAUUGAAUCUGUCAUUAAAGACUGCGCCUUCAAAUGAAACGAAAAAGACGAAGCUCUCAGCGACACCCUCUGCCACGCCGCCAGUCACACCCCCAUCAACCCCCGCCUCCGAAACCAACAAUAACAAUGUGUGUGACCGAAUCUCCAUCCGACACUCUGCCCUCAAAAAACGCAGCCAGAACAUAGACCCAAACACUCUGGUGCAGUGUGAAGCUUUCAGCAACCUAAACAAGGUCCAGCCAUUCACUGUCUCCAUGACAACAAACGCAACACUGCUCAUGGACUUCCAUUCUCAUCUGACGUCCAGUGAAGUGGUGGGUUACCUUGGAGGCAAGUGGGAUCAGCAGGCACAACAUUUAAGCAUCAUUCAGGCGUAUCCUUGUCGGUGUAGACUUGGAGACAGUCAGAAGUCGGCUGCUACUGAAGAGGAGAUCCGGAAACAGAUGACACGUGUUGGUCUGUCGUUGGUGGGGUGGUACCACAGUCAUCCCUAUUGCCAGCCUGAUCCAUCCGUCAAAGACAUCGACUGUCAGAUGUCCUACCAACUACGCAUGAAGGGCAAAGGCUCCACUUACUUUCCCUGUGUCGGAUGCAUCGUCGCUCCAUAUAAUCGAAAGACGACCAAGAAAACUUCGUCACUCCAGAUCUUCAUGGUCAUGCCGCCUUUAGAGAGUCAGCCGUCGGACUACGGUAUCCCAAUGAAAGUCAAGUAUUCCCUCCGACAGAACCAAUCUGUGACUGAAGACCUGCUCACCGAGAUGCGAGUGAUUGCGGACUUCUAUCGUGGGGCACCUGAUUUCCUCAAGUUUAGACAAACAUGGCAGCCAUCCAUUUCCUACAUGGACAAAAUCAAGUGUUCCUUGGCCCGACGACUUCCUGAAGAUCAGAUGGAAAGUGGAACAUUCCUGGACUUCGUUCAACAUAUUCUUACGCCAAAGUGAAAUCUGCAUUAUCUCCAUCAAACUGACCAUUGAAUUUCAAACUUGCUGUACUCCUGUCAAAAUGACCAGUCAAGUUUGAAGCACAGCAUCCCCUAUCAACUGACCAGGGAAUUUCAAACUUGCUGUACUCCUGUCAAAAUGACCAGUCAAGUUUGAAGCACAGCAUCCCCUAUCAACUGACCAGGGAAUUUCAAACUUGCUGUAAUCCUGUCAAAAUGAACAGUCAAGUUUGAAGCACAGCAUCCCCUAUCAACUGACCAGGGAAUGUUGAGUCACAUUGUCCCUAUGUCAAAAUGACCCAUUUUGUCCUGACUCCAGUAAGGCCACGGUGAUGGGCUACAUGGCUUCCAAGAACACAUGUACAUUAGCCUGCAAUCUCCAGACAGUAUAAAUCUCGUCCUUAAUAGUUGUGAAAGAUGCUACUGACUUAAUGAAGAACCUCUACAUGCAGCGAAGUCAUCACUUCUGCAGAAAAUAUUCCACACGUUUUUAUUUGAGAGUUAAUUUUAUGAUAUUAUUUCUAAAGCAUUUAUUUGUCAAACUUGUGUUUCUCUCCUGAGACUUCACGUUUCUGGACCAUCAGGUAGAGGUUGGAGAUCUUUGCAAAAAACUGUGUAAGAAUAUUCUUAAGGAUAUAUUUUUCGAUUAACUGAAUAAUUUUGUAUGGUAAAUUGAAGUUAGAAAGAUUCUAGAAACACUGCCUGUUCUGAUUUUGUUGAAGUUGUCAACCCAGAUGAAAAUCUGAUAAUUGGAAGGUUUGGUAUAGGUUUUAAAGUUCGUAAUAACAAAGUCAACUGUAUAUGUUGAUAAUGGCACAAGAGUACGAGUUUUCCUCCGAUGUUAACAUUCAUGGCAAAACGUAUCCUUCUUUAGUUACAAAAAACUAUUUGAAAGAUGCCAGAGGUUUUAUUCCAUUUUACCUUAGAUGAUGUUUAUUUCGAGAGAAAACAUCUAUUUCCAGAUACAUGUACUUGUAUUUCUACAGAAGUAAUGCAAAUGAAAUGUAUCUAUAUUGAUAUAACCUGUAUAUCUUGAGAUGUCAAAAUUGUUUCCUGUGGUUUUCUAUAUGAAAUAGAUCCUAAGCAGGUGAUGUCUCAGUAUGACCUUUCCUGCGAAAGUCAACAUUUCUCCGGGUUUGGGUGGAUGGGGAGUGAUUAUUCCCUCGUUGUUAGGUGAGAGGGGAGUUUGAUUAGGUAUGGAGUGAACAUUCCCCGGUUGUUGGGUGAGUGGGCAGUUUGAUGGGGUAAGGAGUGAACAUUCUUCUGUUGUUGGGUGAGAGGGGAGUUUGAUGGGGUAUGGAGUGAAAACAUUUCUCCAGGUUUGGGUAGGUGGGUAGUGAGUAAUCUUCCAGUGUUGGCAUAUACAGUUUUCUCAGUCUGUGUAUAAUUAUACCCCCUUGAAAGUUAAUGAUGCAAUAUCUUGAUAACAAAGUUUUGUAGUUGUUGCUGUACACACAUCUAUCAAUAGAUUUUCAUGUAUAUAUCAGUCUGUGUAUAAAAUUGCAUUUACAAAUGUUGGCAGCUCGGAAAAUUGUUGUGAGUCAAAUUCAUCAUAACUUUCAAUAAAUACAUACAUGUAACAGUAUAAAAAAUGUUGCCCUCCUAAUUAUUAGAUGUUGGUUUGUCAUUAGUUCUGUUGUCCAUCCCUUAAAAGUUCAAAUUUACAACUGUUUUGAAAAAUGUUUAAAAAUAUAAAAAAGAUUAUACUUUCAUAAAUGAUACAAAAAAAAUAUUUAGAGGCAGUUUUAUUUUAUCCUGUCAGAUAAGAUCUUUGGACCUGUUGUGAUCGGCUUUUUGUCUGUCGUCACGUGUUCACCUGUAAUUAAUUAACAUUUCAGACACUACUUAACAGAUCUAGACAAAAUUUUACGGGAAGGAUCCAUGGCCAAAGACAAAUCAAAAUAGUGUUCCAAGGUUGUAGUACGCAUGUAUUUCCAUUUCUGGUACAUUUUAUGUUAUAGAGAAUCUACCAAUGCACUGUCUAAAGACUUAACUGCAGAGCUGCCAGCUCUUACAAUUCAGGCGUAAUCAUUAUGAUUUCAGGGUCUAAAAUAAAGUCCGUUUUUCAUCAUUGUAAUCAUAAAUCAAAAUCGCACAAUAAAUGCUUUUCAUCAGGGUCUAAAUCCACUGGAACAAAGCUUUGAGUUGAAUGAGAACGCUCCGUUCGUAGAAGUAAAAAUGGUGGAAAAGUUUUGAUGUGCCUAUUUGGAAGACAUUUCCUCCAAAAGAAUGGAAAUUGUUAGUCCAGAUGUGUAAACAGGAGUAUUUUAAAGGAGAACCCAGACCUUGUUGAGUUUGUAAAAGGAAAAAUGUACGCACCGUGUAUGAGUUCAUUAUUUUUCAUCAUGGUGAUGGAAAAUGAUGUGACAAAUCAUUUGAAAACAAUGUCCUAAACGAAAAGGCCGCAAAUCGGUUGUUGGAUCUCCAACGAUGGCUAAAUGUUUGGUGCCCUGAGUACUGAUUACAACUGAAUCUCGAAGGUUGGCAGUUCUGUAAUAUCAUGUGUACGGUAAGAUCCAACAUUGCAUGAUUUAUAUAUAGCAUUUGUGAUUAUGUUAAAAUUUCAAUAUAAGUUAUAAAACAUAUACAUGUAUACAGUGCAAAUCUUGCAACCUUCAUACCUGAUGAACUGAACUAAAUACAAAACCUGUUGUUAUAUAUGCUGAUGUACUAGCAAUAAUGUCCACGGUGUGAUCACCUCUAGUCUGAUCUUUGCCCCCGUUUCUGGAGUUGUUUUGUCCCAAAGAGCGCGCUGUUCAAUGUGAAGGCUAUUGCAAUCUCUCAAGGGAGAGGCAGCAAUAACAUUCGUUCUACUCGACGGAACAUAAUAAAAAACUCAGUGAAAGGGAUAAUAACAUCACACUUGCAGGCAAAGACAAAAUGGCAAAAACUCUGAAAUCAAGAACAACUACAGGAAUAUUGCCUUUGGGAAUGUUUUGGGGAAAAAAUAGUUUUCAAUUUAAUCAACAAUCGUCCAAAUCUACUAGAUAGAAGUUGUAUAUUACUUGGUAUUUAGCAUACAUAAGGGGUGAGAGAUUAAUAUCAUUAAGCAGAAACAAUAAACAACUCGGCCCUUGUCUGAGAACAUUUGUUGUUAUGGAGUUGGAAGUAGGGGGAGGGGUAUUACAAUUCCCACUGUUGCCUUAUAUUCUAUGCAAGUAAAUAAUAGUUGUGAUGUAUAUAACAUGUAUGUGUAAGGUCUGUGUAUGAUGUUGUACAGGUCAUAUAAUAAUUCAUGGUUAACAUUUUAUUUCGAUUUCAUUUUUUUAAAAGCAAUUUGUGAAAUAUUUCGAUAUAUUCAAGUCGCAAUAAUUGUCGAGAAUGUUGGGUAAAUUUAAGAUUAUGAGGCUCAUGUAAACAUCUGUAAGUUGUA